AUGCCAAAGUAUUAUUGUGAAUACUGCGAUAUUUUCCUGACACACGACAGUUCCUCUGUACGCAAGGCUCAUAAUGCGGGCAAGAACCAUGUAUUGAAUGUUAGAAAUUAUUAUGCAGAGAUUGGACAAGACAAAGCACAAGCGAUCAUUGAUGAAAUCACAAAAGCAUACGAGAAUUCUGCAUCAGGUAAAAAUACGAGAAAAGGGAAUCAGCAAUUUAGAAAAAAAGGGAGAAAGAGAGAUCAUAACUGUAUAAAUUGCGUAUAG